GCCCUCUCCUUUCCGCCACACACUGCAUCCUCCUCAACGGCCAUUAGUCCACCGUCUCCUUGCGGCCGGAAUUCUGCAGCAAAGAGACCAUGGCAUCCAUUGCAGCAGCCACCGCUCCGGCCUCCUUUGGAGUGUCCGAGAUGCUUGGUACACCACUGAACUCAAAGGCCGCUGCUCGCACGGCCCCGGUGCCAUCGAGCGCUGGGUCUUCUAAGAUUGUUUCGCUCUUCUCCAACAAGAAGGCUGCUGCUCCUCCGAAGACAAAGCCUGCCGCUGUCUCUCCGGCCAACGAGGAGCUUGCCAAGUGGUAUGGUCCUGACAGAAGAAUUUUCUUGCCGGAAGGCUUGUUGGACCGCUCAGAUGUUCCAGAGUACCUCACUGGAGAAGUACCCGGAGAGUAAGUCAUGGUCAAACCACUACUUUGAUUGCCUAAGUUUUGGCUCACAACUUAAUUCAUCACAUUUCGAUUAAGAAUCUUUUGGUUUCUCAAUGAAUUGAACAUUAUUGGAGCCUUAUCAAUGAUGUAAAGAUUCCUGUUAUAGAUUGGAAGUUUGCUCUGUUACGGACAUUUGAUUUCCAUACCUGACUCGCAUCUGUUACUAUUUGUCAAUGUUUAUUUGUAAACAGUUUUAAGUUCCUCUUUCUCUCUCCCUCUAUCUAUCUAUCU